AUGCCUGAAAAGAGCUUGUCGGCCGUCGGGCCCGACAAGUCUGCGUCUGCCAAGUCCAAGGGCGAUGCAAUGAAGGAUGCGCGCGCGAAGGAAUCGCAACCCUCAUCUGCAGUCAAGUCCGAAACAACUCCCUCUGGUAGUCAUUCCAGCCCCAAGAAACGCCGCAAGCUUGCGUUUAUUGUCGUCGCUCGAGAACCCACAAAACGCUCUAGGGGCGACCAGGAGCAUUCAGCCGCAGACGAGGAAGGAUCGUCCAACGAGUUGACCAGCGUCCAAGGUAUGCCUCGGAAUGUUGACGUCCCCGAUGCUGCCGGCCAGCAAACAUUUCCAGACGGUACCAUCGGAAUUCCGCCUUCCUCGGUGCAGCCAGCGAAUCUUUCUACGCCUAGUCAAGGCCUCGAUGCCAAUUCCCAGCAGUGCGGAGGACAGAACCAGUUUCAGGAUAUGCACUCGCUUCAUCCGUCGUACAUGUUUAAUGCGCCCGAAGUCACCAACGAGUACAAUUUACUCGGCGAUUUCCUCAGCAACAGCUUACUAGAUGACGGUACAAUUUUCAACCAGGAAGCUCCGGGGAUCUACUCCGAUCCAUCAUUGAUGAACUCAAUGAACAAUAUGAACAUGCCAAAUGGAUUGCAACCGCAAACGCAACUUCCACCACCGGCCGUCCCGCCAGGAGACACAAUUCAUCGUCCUACCGCUGCAGUGGGCAAUGACAAAGCUCGGGAGACAUACUACAUGACUGCAGCUGAUCCAUCUGGAUCAGAUCCACCGGAGGAGCGUAUGAACAAACUUCUCAAAGCCAAGUAUGAUGCUGGGCUACUCAAGCCCUUCAACUACGUCAAAGGCUAUGCCAGACUCAACCAGUAUAUGGAAAAGAACAUGCAACAACUGUCUCGACAAAAGAUUCUCCGACAACUAGACAAGUUCCGUCCUAAGUUCCGUGAGCGCAUGCAGAGUUUGACAGAUAUCGAGUUGAUUCUGGUAGAAAUGUGGUUUGAACGCAGUCUCAUGGAAUAUGACCGAGUUUUCGCUAGUAUGGCCAUUCCAGCCUGCUGUUGGCGACGAACAGGCGAGAUCUUCCGUGGUAAUAACGAGAUGGCGCAAUUGAUUGAUGUGCCCAUAGAAAGUUUACGCGAUGGAAAACUUGCCAUUCAUGAGAUCAUCGUCGAGGACCAGCUAGUUAGCUACUGGGAGAAAUUCGGGGCUAUUGCCUUCGACAACACUCAGAAAGCUAUGUUGACUAGCUGUACGCUAAAGAGCCCGAAUGGAUCUGGUGAGGGCAUUCAAUGCUGUUUCUCGUUUACUAUCCGGCGGGAUAAUCACAACAUCCCCUCUCUCAUCGUUGGCAACUUUCUUCCCACUCAGCGGAUACAUAAGUAG